GGCGGGGCGAGGAAACGGGAGGCGGCGCCGGGCAGAGGCUUCCCGCGAUGGCAGCGGGCGGAGGCCUCGGACUGGGUGUCUCUCGGGCGGGCGGAGAGAGCGGGGGUCCCUGAGAGACGCCUCCCUGCCUCCGGGGAUGGAGGUCGGAGAGCAGGAGGAGCGCAGGAGAGAACAUUGGAUGUUGUUGGGGGACCUGAAGACUACGGUGGAAGGCUUGGUCUCCAUCAAUCACCCCAACGUCUGGUCUAAAUAUGGCGGCUUGGAGCGGCUCUGCAGGGACAUGCACAGCAUCCUCUAUCACGGCCUCAUCCUAGACAAGGUGCAUUGCCAGAAGACGGACUACUGGCAGUUUGUGAAGGAUGUGUAUUGGCUGAGCCCCCAGGCGGCCCAUCACGUGGACAAGUUUAUUCAUCUCCAUGAGAACGGGCAGCAAAAUCCGGAGAGGACCAGCCAGCGAACGGUGGCCGAGCUCUGGCUUCAGCACAGCUUGCAAUUCCACUGCCUUUCGGCUCAGCUGAAGCCUCUCCUGGAGAACAAGCCCUACAUCAGGAAGUUCUACACAGAUUCAGCUUUCCUGCUGAGCGACGCCCACGUCACUGUCAUGUUGCAGUGCCUGGAGGCUGUGGAGCAGAACAACCCUCGGCUGCUGGCUCAGAUUGACGCCUCUAUAUUUGCCAGGAAAGGGGAAGCCUCUGAGCCCAGGACGAAGAGCCUCACGUCCCUCAUGGGGCCCAUCCCUCCCCCUCCUGCCGAAAGCGUGGCCCCUCUGUACCUCGGCUCCUUCUCGGGGCUUCCGUCCACCUGUGCCAGCAUCCAAGGUAAGGGAGACAGGAGGUUAUCAAGCCCUCCGGCGUUCGGUGGCACCAGUCAGUCUCAAGAAAAUGCCGCUUGGACUUCUGCCCACCGGCCCCAGGCUGGCAGCUGUUCCCAACAUCUGGCCAGUCCUCAUCUCAGCAUCUCCGGCCCCAACGAUGACGCCGACAACGUCCCGUCUUCUGGAACGAGCCCCGGCCUUUUGCCCAACCCGAACUCAGAUUCCUGGUCCGGAAGCCAAGAUGAGACGGACGGGCCGGAAUACCUGGCCAUUGGCAAUCUCGGCCGGCCGAGUCGACCCUGCGAGAGCCCCGAAGAAUCCGGCACGGCUACCGUGAACAGUUCGGGGAGCAGCAACUCCAAUCUGUUCUCGUCCAGCAGCUCUCAGAAGCAGGAGUCGGUGUCCUCCUGGGGGGAGCCGGGAGGCAGCUGGAAGUCCUCGCUCUUGCGACGGUCCAGCUUCUCCGAGGGGCAGACCUCCAUCCUACAAGGGAAACCCAAACGAAGCCACAUGCGUUCCCAUUCGGACACCAACGUAGCUUCUGCAAAAGCUCAUGAGUCCAACGGGGACCUUUCGCAGUACAAGGGCAGCGUCUCCUGCCCCAUGCAGAAGAAGGACGGGAGCAUCCCCGGAUCGGUCUACGUCGAAUACGACACCGGCCAGUAUCUGCAUUCGGCCGAAGGGAUGUUUCGGAGGCCUACGGAAGGCCAAUCCCUGAUCAGCUACCUGUCGGAACAAGAUUUUGGCAGCUGUGAAGACUUGGAGAAGGAAAACGCUCACUUCAGCAUCUCCGAGUCGCUCAUCGCCGCCAUCGAGCUGAUGAAAUGCAAUAUGAUGAAUCGUCAGAUGGAAGAGGAGGAAGAAGAAAGCGACAAGGUGAUACAGGACCUCAAGCAGAAGAUCCGUAUCCGCCGGCAACAAAUUCGGACUCGCUACCUCCACCCGGCGUGUCAGGAUGUGGGCUCUGACAGUCUGAAAGCGACCGACAGUGGAUCGUACUUUAGCUCCCAAGACUCAACCUGCCCCUCCGACUCGGGCUCUGCGGAAGAGGUGGAUGAGUACGAGAUCCAAGAUGGAAGCGAAGGAUCCAACCUGAUUCACAUGUCAAACAGUGACCUGUCCGUCUCGAUGGCCUCCUUGUUUUCAGAUGCGGACAUCAAGAGGAGCCAGCCCCCGAGUAAAAAGUCCUUCCUUUCCUCUGGUUCCAUGAGCUACCACAGCUUCCUCAACUCCAACUCGGCAGAAGCCGUGGCCAUGGGCUUACUCAAGCAGUUCGAAGGGAUGCAGCUGCCCGCGGCCUCCGAACUGGAGUGGCUGGUGCCGGAACAAGACGCCCCGCAGAAGCUGCUGCCGAUUCCCGAUUCGGUACCCAUAUCUCCGGACGACGGGGAACACGCCGAUAUUUACAAGCUCCGCAUCCGGGUGCGGGGGAACUUGGAGUGGGCCCCCCCACGCCCGCAGAUCAUCUUCAAUAUCCAUCCAGCACCAACGAGGAAGGCAGCAGUGGCCAAGCAGAACUACCGCUGUGCUGGCUGUGGGAUCCGGACCGAUUUUGAUUACAUCAAGCGGAUGCGCUACUGCGAGUACCUGGGCAAAUACUUCUGCCAGUGCUGCCACGAGAACGCCCAGAUGGUCAUUCCCAGCCGCAUCCUUCGCAGGUGGGACUUCGGCAAAUACUACGUCAGCAAUUUCUCCAAGGACUUGCUGCACAAGAUCUGGAACGAUCCCCUCUUCAACAUGCAGGACGUUAACUCGGCCCUCUACCGGAAGGUCAAGCCUCUCAACCAAGUCAGGCUUUUAAGAAUCCAGCUGUACCACAUGAAGAACAUGUUCAAGACAUGUCGCCUAGCUAAAGGACUUCUGGACGCCUUCGACGCAGUGCCCGGCCACCUGACUGAAGACCUUCACCUUUAUUCCUUAAACGACCUAAGCGCCAUCAAGAAGGGGGAGCUUGUCCCCCGCUUGACCGAGCUCCUCCGGGUGGGAGAGCUGCACGUUGAGAAAUGCAUGCUGUGCCAGGCGAAGGGUUUCAUCUGCGAAUUCUGCCAGAACGAGGACGACAUCCUAUUUCCUUUUGAGCUGAACAAGUGCAAGACAUGUGAAGAGUGCCGAGCUUGUUACCACAAGGGCUGCUUCCGGUCGGGACCCUGCCCCAAAUGCACCCGCCUGCAAGCUCGGCGGGAGCUCCUGGCCAAACAGAGCCUGGAAGCUGACCUCUCCGACUACGAGCCGGACGAGGACACGGUGGGGGCAGCCACGUGACAGCCGAGAAGCUGCAAGUCGCCGCACCUCCAAAGACUGCACUGACCCGGCGGCGAAGCCGGCCGCUCUCCGGCACUCCGAAGCCCCAGCAACGGAAGGCCUUCGCAGCUUUGGGCCUUUGAAGCGAAGUUUCUCUCCUUCCGCUGGACUCAAGCGAACAGGUUCGGCUCUUGCGGACAACAGAUGCACGACGAAUGUUCCUUUCUGCGGAAAAGCGGAGGAGAUGGCUCAGCGUGCGUCCCACAAGCUCCAUCCAUGGGGAGAAGCCAAGGAAGGGCUUUCCGGAGGCGGAGUUCCCCGACAGGAUCCAGGCACGCUC